AUGCGAUGCGCGAGCAAGGCCGCCGAGAGCGCGUCCGCUCGUCUCUGUACGGACGCCGAAGCAGAAACAACAGCAACUGAUGUCCCAUCGGUUGCUGAAGCGACCCAGCCUGUGUCACUUGGUGACGCAGGCGCUGGUCAUGAAGACACUCGUGUCUUCACAGAGUACGAGCUCGGUGUCUCGUACUCUCCUGAUACGGAUGACGGAUCCGUAUCAACGGCAAUUGAAUCUAAGCCGCCUGCCAAGCGUGGCAUGGACGAUGCUUUGCGCCGCAGCAUCUUUGGUUCAUCUGAUGAAUCAGAUGAACCAUCGCCGAAGCGAAGGCGCUCGAGGUCGCGAGACUCGGGCGCUAAUAGUGGUGUCGGUUCUCCAAUGGACACCACUUCACAGCGAGGUGCCAGUACUUCUGUCGGCACGUCGCAGGAAGAGCGGGACCGCAAUGUGUUGCGUCUCGCUCCAGAAAAGAAGGCAUGGAUGCCUCCGAAAUCCGUCAUGGAUCACUUGUCGGCGACGACGAGUGAUCGUUAUCGAACACGAUUGUUCGAUUCGUCGAGGAUUCAUCACCUUGACCCCAGCGCGAAAGACUAUCGCGCUGAACAUGAGUUCUUCAUCGAUGCUUUCUUCAGACAUCGAUGGUACAGUGGGAAUCACAAACGUGAUGGUCCCUCACUACUUUAG